AUGGGUGACAAUUGUAAUUGGGACAGUUUUAUCCACCCGGCCACGUUCGCUUAUAACAACUCAACUCAUUCGGCCACGGAGGAUUCCCCUGCCUUUCUCUUAUACGGGGUUGAUCCCCGUUUUCCGAAUGCAUUCCCAGAAGAAGAUGAGGAGGACAUCGGUAACCAAGAGAGGAGUCCUGAUUUCGUCGAGAAAUUGAAUGUGUUAAGAAAGACUGCAUACGAAUUGGGGAGAAAGCGGAACUUAAAAAACAGAAUGAGAGAAAACAAUGGAAAAAAGGUUAAAGAAUGGAAAGAAGGUCAAAAGGUGUGGUUGCUCCGGAAGGGUAAACGGAAGGGAACAGGGAAAUUUUCCCCGAAAUAUGUAGGGCCAUAUACAAUUGUUCGUUUACUAGGCCCUGUAACUGUAGAACUGAGUGGUAAUCGUAGGGAAGAAAAACUGGUAGUACAUAUUGAUCGCCUAAAGGCCUACUACGCUCCAGUGUAUAAAGACAAGACGAAAAGAGCUCCGCAACGACGGGAAAUCAGGGAAACACCCAUAGAGAAAGAUGAGUUGGAAGAAGAAGAUCCAUAUGAACACUUGAGGAUGGAGAUAUCUAACAGAAGACAGAGAGCGGAAGAAGGCAACCACCGAUCAAGUGAACCUGAAGUUAAGAACGAUACAGGGACUGGUCAUGAAGGUAGUUCUGUAAAAAAACAACACCCGUACAAUCUCCGCGGGUGCAAACUUGACUACCGUAAGUUACAUUACGGUGUUUGAGACUU